AUAAUUCAUUAAGCAAGUCCCUGGAUUCGCACGGAGCCUAGCAGGUCAGUGUAUCUGAUGCUCCGGUUUUCGAUGGUUCCUAGCUCAGUUAGCUGGCUAGGCUAGCUAAAGUGUUUUUCCACUGCUUGUAUCCCCAGAUCAACUCCCACAGUUCAAGUAUCUUAUCCGGUCCGCUCGGAUUCAAUGUCCAAGCUUAAAUAAUUCGGGAUAAUAUUUCUAGAUCUCCACAGAAUAUUGUUUUUGGAUCCGGUACAAUCUGUCCACAGUUAAAUCUUUUACGUAUUUUUUUUCACUCCAGAGAUCCCUCCACAGUUAGCGUGCAGCACUUCCAAUGGCUGUUCUAUCCCAUUGGUUCCAUCCGGGUUCUCGACUGAGCUUUACGACAACGACACUCGGUUUCUUGAAAGGCAGUAAGGGAACACAUUGACAAUCAGUAGGUGGGCACAGAUGGCUGAACGGCUCACUUUUGUGUGUGAGUUUGCCUGCAGGUAUACUGAUGAGGAGGCACACAAAGGCUAUCCCCGUCAAACAGUCUGGAAAAGAGAAUGACAGAGGCCUCUAUUGAGCAAAAGACCAAUAUAGCAUGGGUAGCGCCAUAGAGGGCUUCCGAAAUGUUAAAGUGGUCAAACUAGUCAACUGUGUGGGGAUUCUUAUGGGUUGUAGCCUCAAUGGCGCUACCUAUGCUGUCACAGAUAUACAGAUGGUUCCUCUAUCUAUCUCUAUGUUUUGACCGCAUGGGACUGCCUUCUGGCAUCUAGUGAGUGAGUUCUGGAACGCUGCCUGAUGUGGGCUACUGCGCAAGCCGUGCUUCCAGCUGCAGGGAAUAUAUGUUCAGCACUGCGCGCUUCGCGCUCCCAUCUGCACAGUCCACUAUGGAACGGAACAGGGAUGACUGCCACAGGACCGAAGGAAAAAGAAGAGACCACAACCCCCAGCAUGACGGAUGACAGGAGCGAGAUGAUGUAUAUUCUGGAGACGCCCCAGAUGCGAGGCGAGGAGGAGAGGCUUCGAACUUUUGAAAACUGGCCGGGCGAUGCACCGGUCACCGCGACCAACCUAGCCAGAGCGGGCUUCUUUUUUCUGGGGCCCGAUGAUAAGGUCAAGUGCUUCUGUUGUGGAGGGAUCCUGAGGUAUUGGGUCCAUGGGGACAGUCCGAUCGUCGAACACAAGAGACACUUCCCCACUUGUAGUUUGGUAAUGGGUAGAGCCGUUGGGAAUAUCCCACUGUAUGUCGUUCCCGGGUCCCCUUCUGACUCCGUGGACGGUCAGCUGUUGAGCCAGCUCCAGAGGAUGACUGUGGACGACCAUGGGGCGGCCGGGCAGGCUGUUUACCCCGAGAUGGAGUCAGAGGAAUCCCGUCUCACCACCUUCCACAACUGGCCCACAGGUGCGGCGGUCCAGCCCGAUGUUCUGUCGAGGGCAGGAUUCUUCUACACAGGACACGGUGACAACGUGAAAUGUUUCUACUGUGAUGGAGGGCUGAGGAACUGGGAACCUGGAGAUGACCCCUGGCAGGAGCACGCCAAGUGGUUCCCACGAUGUGACUUCCUGAUCCAGACGAGAGGGCGAGAUUACGUCAGCAACAUCCAGGAUACUCACUUCAAUAGAGAGACUGUGGGUGUAUCACAGACUCCGGUGUCCAGAGAAAUCAACUCAGAAAAUGAUGUGGUAGGUGGUCUGGGCGUACCCUCGGCCAUGUUGUCUCCUGUGAUCCAGACCGUGCUCCAGAUGGGGUUUGAGGCUGGCCUGGUGGAGAGUCUGGUCCAGACGAAGUACCUGCUGAACGGCCAGCACUACACCUCCGUGUCUGGCCUGGUCACUGACAUAUUGGCAGCUGAGGAGGAGGACCGGACUAGGAGGCCGCAGAGCAGAGGUCAGAGUAAGAAUGGGCUGGUGGAGAGGCAUGGGCUCAGUGCAGGAGGGGUCAGGACACAGACACCCAUCAGAGAAAAAGCAGUGGGCGACCCCACCCCUGAUGAGCUCCUGCGUCAGCUGCAGGAGGAGCGGACAUGUAAGGUGUGUAUGGACAAGCGGGUUUCCAUUGUCUUCAUCCCCUGUGGUCACCUGGUGGUGUGUAGCGACUGUGCUGCCAGCCUGCGUCACUGCCCCAUCUGCAGAGCCACCAUCAGAGGCAGUGUCCGAGCAUUCAUGUCCUGAAAGACACACAUUCAAGCUUUUGUUUACCUUCGACAAAUGAAGAAAGAUUCUAGAACCCCUUGGAGCAGCUCACAUUAUUUUAUAGGUGCUGUGAGAACAUUCUGAAAAUGUUCCCUGGAUGUUGGAUGCCAGGUCUGACCCACGUUAAAACCGUUGAUUUGCCCUGCUCAAAAUAACCUCAAAUUAAAAUGGCCUCGUGUUGGCUAUAAUAUAUUAUAUAUAUAUAACAAUAAAAACAGAUGCAAUAUCCA